AAAUUAUUACUGAAGUUUAGGCAGUCAUAUCUAUCAAUAUGUAUAGUAUAUAGACCAUCAAAAUGAAAUUUAAAAGUGUAAGCUGUACUUACAAGCAGAAAGUCAGGAAAAAUGUAAACAAACCGCAAAACAAAACAAGAACUAAAACGAAAACAACAUGAACAACAACUAAAACGAUAACAACAAGUAGCAUAUCAGCGAGGAUCGCUACGAAGGCUCUGCUAGUUUAGAAUGCAAGGCGUUAACGAGCCGCUGCCGCGAGGACAGCUUAAAGGUGCGCACGAAAACGUAAACAAGUGCAGAACAAUACUUGUUUGUGUCAAAAUUAGUUAAUGGAUUGGAUGUUGUUUUGCAAAAACAUGUUUAGAAGAGAAUCCCUGAAAAAUAAAAAUGAAAAUGUAAACAAAUGUUUUGUUUUACAUGUUGUUUUGCAAAAACAUGUUUAAAGGAGAAUCCCUGAAAAAUAAAAACGAAAACGUAAACAAGUCUUUGUUUGUCCUGAGAGCGUUAUCAGCUAAGAAUGUGUGGCACUCUUAAAGUAUGCUGAUAUCGCAACAUUUUGUGGCAUAUAAAUUAGUGCUGCCGAGGGCUAGCUAGAUCAUUACUAAGAAUUCAAGCAUUGUGACAACACAUUGACUGUGCCGUGAAGAAAAUUCAAAAGAAAUUCCAGAUUAUUUCGUAAAAAUUCUACACAAAUUCACAAGAAGUUGAAAGUGUUACAUUCCAAGAAAUUCGUGAAAAGAACUGCUCAAGAAAAUGGAUCUAUCUAUGCAUGAGAAAGCCGAGGACUAUCUCUAUCGCCACAAGAAGUUCGACCACGGCAAGCGUUCACGUGAAGAAGAUGUAUUACAAGAGCUGGAUCAACUCAAUCGCGAUCGACGCUCGCCAGCGAACGCAACAUUACUCAAUCCACACACUUACGGUGUUGAGCGCGUUUCCACGCCAUUCUCCACCGACUCGAAUAGCUCUUCAGAAUAUAUGGGCUUUGUGGCGCGCUUCAAUGCCACCAGCACGCCAAGCAGCAAGCGACCAUGUCUAAUGUCCAGUGGUGCAUCUGGCACAUCCAAUCCAAGCAGCGAGGAUAGCGGCGUCGUAACAUUAACACCUAAGAAAGGGGUAGCAGCAGCCAGCGAGUCCCAACCUGGUCAACAACGCAAACGCCUGCUAAAACCAUCAUUGCUCGCACAACCGCCGAAGAAGAAACAGAAGAUUGUGCAAGACGGCGGAGCAAAACAAAAUUACACAACACCCAAAAAGACGGGUAACAACAGCGCCAGCAGUCCUAUCACCGGCAGCAGUGCCAUUAAUGUGUCCACCAACACAAGCGCCAUUAGCACCUCGGCCAACAAGGGCAACAAAACAAAUUUGUCGAACAAAAGUGUUAGCCCGAUGAGUGCCAACAGCAUUAAAGCAGUGCUGAAGCCCACAGAAGUCGGCACCUUGGAGUUGCCCAAAGGCGCUGAUUCCCUCGUCAACAGCAGCGACCCUCAAUUGGACGCGAGCGCUGUAUUGUCACGCAUUAGCGAGGAUAAGCUGCGCAGCAUUUGCACUUUUCACACGAAUAUGGUGCGCCAGUUUCCGAAGAAGGAGCGUUCGCUCAAGGACCAGGAGCGUCGCAAUAAAAACACAAUCGCUUGCCGUAUGAGUCGCCGCAUCAAAAAGCUGGAACAGAUCGCUAUCGAAGAAGAAUGUAAGGAGCUUGAACAGCAACAGGAGGCAAUGACGGAAGAGAUAUUACGUGCUACAGCUUAUCUGGAGCAAUUGGAGCUGUUAAUGGCACAAACACAAAUUUCCGACGACGACGAUUCCGAAAUCGAUGUCGUUAAUAUUAGCGAUGAGCGAUGUGACACUCCGGCUACGGCAAGCGCAUCGAAGCUGAACAACAAGUCUGUUGGUGUGCCUACGCUGCCGCCACCUGUUACGCGACCUGCCAGCAGCAUAAAGCCCCAUCCUUUCUCGAUCGUAGGCUUAUUGGGCAAUCUGAGCCCAAUAAAUGCGUGAAUGUAAGGUUU